UAUCCUAAUCAUGUCUUUUUGAAAGACAUAAUCCAUAUCUGUUUGAAGUAUGGCUCUGGUGGCACACCCGCUAUCAACCUCCCUCCACCGCCAUCACUACCAUCAGCGACCUCCUCUUAUCACUAGAAAGACAAUCUCUCCACGCCUAAAAUCAUCCCUUUCUCAAACUAUCUCACUUCCUCUAACCAACACGUCAACUAAGUACCAACUCCCUCUCCUCGAACAACUAAACAGUCUUUGCCAAUCGAAACAAAACCUCACUCAAGCUUUAACUCUUUUACAACAACGAAAUUCCUAUGAAACUCUUGAUUCUUUACAACAGAAAGAAGCCAUGGGCUUAUUAUUACAAGCCUGUGGCCGCCACCAAGACAUCGAAACAGGUCGACUAGUUCACCAGAUGGUGACUUCGUGGAGCCAGUUUCAUAACGACGUCGUUCUCAACACCCGUCUCAUCACAAUGUACUCAAUGUGCGGGUCCCCUUUAGAUUCUCGCUUAGUUUUUGAUGGAUUAAGAAAGAAGAAUUUGUUUCAGUGGAAUGCAAUGGUUAGUGGGUAUUCAAGAAACCAGCUUUAUGAAGAAGCAAUGAGGACUUUUAUUGAGUUGGUUUCGGAAACGGAGUUCAAGCCUGAUAAUUUCACUUUCCCUUGCGUGAUUAAGGCUUGUGGAGGGAUUUUGGAUGCGGGAUUAGGACAGGGAGUUCAUGGGAUGGCUGUGAAGUUGGGUUUACUCGGAGAUGUCUUUGUUUGUAAUGCUUUAAUAGCUUUUUAUGGGAAAUGUGGAAUUGUUAAUGAGGCGGUUAAAGUGUUUGAUUUUAUGUCCGAAAAGAACUUGAUUUCUUGGAAUUCGAUGAUAUGUGUGUGUUCUGAGAAUGGUUUUUCUCAGGAGAGUUUUGGUUUGUUUAGGAAGAUGAUAGAAUGUGAAGCAAGUCUGGUUCCGGAUGUGGCUAGUUUGGUGACUAUAUUGCCAGUGUGUGCAGGGGAAGGAGAUGUAGAAAUGGGGAUGGUUUUUCAUGGUUUGGCUGUGAAAUUGGGAUUGAAUCAGGAACUAACGGUGAACAAUGCCUUGAUUGAUAUGUAUUCGAAAUGUGGGUGGUUGUCUCAUGCCAAAAGCUUGUUUAAUAAGGAUGAUAAUAAAAAUGUGGUUUCUUGGAAUACAAUGAUAGGAGGCUUUUCAUCGGAAGGUGAUGCUAGUGGGACAUUUGAUCUUCUACGGAAAAUGCAGGUGGAAGAGGGGGAAAAGGCCAAUGAAGUUACCAUAUUGAAUGUGCUGCCUGUUUGUUUGGAAAAGUCUGAAUUGCUUUGCGUGAAGGAACUUCAUGGUUAUUCAAUUAGGCAUGGUUUUCAAUAUGAUGAAUUGGUAGCUAAUGCAUUUGUUGCAGCCUAUGCAAAAUGUGGGUUAUUGUGCUUUGCUCAACGUUCAUUUAAUGGUAUGGAGAGUAGGACUGUAAGCUCUUGGAAUGCACUAAUUGGUGGCUACGCACAGAAUGGUGCUCCUAUGAAAGCUUUAGAGUUUUACCUUCAAAUGGCAAAUUCUGGCGUAGAACCAGACAGCUUCAGCAUAGGAAGCCUACUUUUGGCCUGUAGUCAUCUGAAAUCUCUGCACUUUGGCAAAGAGGUUCAUGGGUAUUUGCUACGAAAUGGAUUAGAAACUGAUCCAUUUAUUGUUAUCUCACUAUUAUCACUUUAUAUUCAUUGUGGCAAAUCAGCUACUGCAAGAGUGUUGUUUGAGGAGAUGGAAGACAAAAGUUUAGUAUCUUGGAAUGCACUUAUUGCCGGCUAUUCACAGAAUGGACUUCCUGAUGAAGCUUUAGUUCUCUUCCGUCAAAUGCUUUCAGAUGGAAUUCAACCUGAUGAAAUUUCCAUAAACAGCAUAUUUGGGGCAUGUUCACAGCUAUCGGCUUUGCGGCUUGGAAAAGAAGCUCAUUGUUAUGCUUUGAAAGCCUUCCUAGCAGAAGACAUAUUUGUCGGUUGUUCAAUAAUAGAUAUGUAUGCGAAAAGUGGCUGCAUACAACAAUCUCGAAGUGUUUUUGACAAAUUGAGGGACAAAGAUGUGGCAUCAUGGAAUGCUGUAAUUGUAGGAUAUGGACUUCAUGGAUGUGGAAAAGAAGCGCUGGAGCUAUUUGAAAAGAUGCAAACAUUUGGUCAGAAGCCUGAUGCUUUCACUUUUGUUGGUUUAUUAACGGCAUGCAACCAUUCUGGGCUGGUAGAAGAGGGAUUAAAGUAUUUCAACCAGAUGCAGAAUUUCCGUGGCUUGACACCAAAAUUGGAGCAUUAUGCAUGUGUUGUGGAUAUGUUGGGUCGUGCCGGACGACUGGAUGAAUCUUUGAGACUCAUAAAUGAAAUGCAUGAGGAACCAGAUGCUGGAAUCUGGAGUUCAUUACUCAGUUCCUGUAAAACUUAUAGUGCACUGGAUAUUGGAAGGAAAGUUGCUGAAAAGUUGUUCGAAUUGGAGCCUAACAAAGCAGAGAAUUAUGUUCUACUCUCUAAUUUAUUUGCUGGAUCAGGGAAGUGGAAUGAUGUGAGAAGAGUGCGGGAAAGGAUGAAGGAGAUUGGCCUUCAAAAGGAUGCUGGUCGUAGUUGGAUCGAACUGGGAGGGAAAGUUUAUAGCUUUUUAGCUGGAAAUAAUUCAUUUACUGGCUCUAAAGAAAUCCAGAAUAUGUGGAGAAGAUUAGAGGAAAAGAUAUGUAAAAUUGGAUAUAAACCCAAUACAGAUUCUGUGCUUCAUGAAUUAGGCGAAGAUGAGAAGAUUGAAGUAUUGAGGGGCCAUAGUGAAAAGCUUGCCAUUUCUCUUGGGUUGUUGAGAAGUAAAGGUGAAACACUAAGAGUCAACAAGAACUUGCGUAUUUGUGUGGAUUGUCACAAUGCUGCUAAGCUGAUAUCAAAGGCAGUUGAAAGAGAGAUAGUUGUUCGUGACAACAAGCGUUUUCAUCAUUUUAGAAACGGGUUUUGUUCUUGCGGGGAUUAUUGGUAGUAACAAGGAAGAAGUAUUGGCAAUUCCUUUCACAAUCAGUAGAAUGGAAAGAGAAGUUCUUGGAGCAUGAAGAAGUAACUAGAGGUGUACAUGUAAUUGCUUCUGCUUGUUAUUAGCUCCAAGAAGUGGAGAAGCUGGGGUACAAAGGAUUAAAUGACUAAUGUUUUUUAUUGCCUUGGUAUGGUUGAUUGUUUCUUUUUAAUCUAAUUUUUAGUAUUGCCUGAUUGCCAUACCAAGUAAUCUGUUGCAGUUUCUGUUGAAGGGCUCACUUCAGCUGCUAACAAAAGUAGCAGAGGUUUGGCCAUUAGUUGCAAUUGUGUUGUUUGUGGGAAUCAGAGGAAUCUGAGUUGCAUGCUUUAAGUAGUUGCCAUUGGCAUCAGAGGUUUGAUCUCAAGUUUUGCCUCCUCAGUGCCUCCAUUUUAGUGCUAACUCUUUCAUUGGUGGGGGUCCUCUUGAUUGUCAGCAGUGUGUGUGAAAAUGGCUGUGGUAUUUCACUAUUUUGGCUAUAAUAAGGCAAUAGAAACAGAAUUUUGUUAAAGAUUAAUGUUGAUGGUGCUGUAGGUGAGAGUGAAUCAGGGGCUGAUGUGAUUC